AUGCAAGCCCUCCGCGCCGCUCGCGCGCGGCUCCGCGCACACCGCGAGGCGCGUCGCGCCUGGAUCGACGCGCGCCCGGUCGUCAAGACCUCGCUCGCCGUGCUCUUCUGGCUCCCGCUCGCCGCCUGUGUCAGCCAGUAUGGCUUCACAGUUAAGGCUGUUUACGGGCGCAGCAUGCAGCCCACGCUGAACCCGGACGACUCGCCCUGGCGAGACGUCGUCCUCUUCGACCGGUUCUCGGUCGCGUACGCGCGGCGGUAUGAGCGCGGGGAUGUCGUCGCCCUCAAGUCACCUGUGGACUCGAAACUGGUGGUGAAGCGCAUCGUCGCGCUCGAAGGAGACGUGGUCAAAACGUUGCCGCCAUACCCACACGCGGAGGUGUGCGUCCCCCAGGGCCACGCGUGGGUCGAAGGCGACGAGCCGUUUCGCACUGAAGACAGCAAUCGUUACGGCCCGGUCUCACUUGGCCUGAUCAAGUCCCGGCUGGCAUUCAUCUUGUGGCCCUGGAACCGUAUGGGACCGCUCGGGCAGCCCCUCGCCGCCGACGCGGACCUGCGCACGGGCACCCCAGGCUGGCGACGCAGCCAGGCGGACCGAGAACGCGCGGAAUGGCGAGCUUCGAGGGUGCAGGUUACGCCGCCGCAGUCGCCCUCUGUUGACAAUCGGACGGUGCAUGCAUGGACAGCUGAAACUCGGCAUGCGACAUGA